AGGGAUUGGCAGAGAGGGGUGGAGGACAUGGAGUGGAGGCCGGUGGAGGGAUCGGCAGAGAGGGGUGGGAGGACACUGAGUGGAGGCCAGUGGAGGGAUUGUCAGAGAGGGGUGGAGGACACUGAAUGGAGGCCAGUGGAGGGAUUAGCAAAGAGGGGUGGAUGACACUGAAUGGAGGCCAGUGGAGGGAUGGCAAAGAGGGAUGGAGGACACUGAGUGGAGGCCAGUGGAGGGAUUGGCAGAGAGGGGUGGAGGACACUGAGUGGAGGCCAGUGGAGGGAUUGGCAGAGAGGGGUGGCAGACACUGAAUGGUAAUCCAGUGAGGAGGGAGCUGCAGUAGUCAAGGCGGGAGAUGACCAGGGAGAAGAGGCGUACCUUGGAGAUAUUACAGAGGUUGAGGAGGCAAGCUUUGGACAGUG